UUGACGGCUGCUGCAUUCGGAGCUGCCGGACAAAGAUGCAUGGCUUUGACCACCGCUAUUCUAUUGACGGCUGCUGCAUAUGGAGCUGCCGGACAAAGAUGCAUGGCCUUGACCACCGCUAUUUUAGUUGGAGAGGCUCGCUCUUGGCUCCCAGAUAUUGUGGAAAAAGCCAAGAAACUCCACGUCAAUGCUGGUUGGAAACCGGAAACAGAUGUGGGCCCACUGAUCUCAAAGGCCGCUAAAGAACGUGUUGUUGGCCUUAUUCAGGGAGCUAAGAAGGAGGGUGCUAAUGUUGCACUAGAUGGUAGCAACUAUGUUGUUCCUGGAUUCGAAAACGGUAAUUUUGUAGGUCCCUCUGUUAUCGGAGGUGUAAAGCCAAAUAUGACUUGCUACAAGGAGGGUGCUAAUGUUGCAUUAGAUGGUAGCAACUAUGUUGUUCCUGGAUUCGAAAACGGUAAUUUUGUAGGUCCCUCCGUUAUCGCUGGUGUAAAGCCAAAUAUGACUUGCUACAAGGAGGAAAUCUUUGGACCUGUGCUGGUGGUUAUGGAGGCUGAAGACUUAAACGAAGCAACAGAAAUUAUUAACAAGAACCCAUACGGGAACGGAACUGCUAUCUUCACUUCAAAUGGUGCUACUGCUAGGAAGUUUACCCAUGAAGUGGAUUGCGGACAAGUUGGAGUAAAUGUACCGAUUCCCGUCCCUCUCCCCAUGUUCUCCUUCACUGGCUCGCGCGGAUCGUUCUUGGGUGAUAUGAACUUCUAUGGAAAGGCCGGUAUCAGCUUCUAUACUCAAUGGAAGACGAUUACGCAGUACUGGAAUGAGAAGCUAACAGAAAUCAAGCCACAAAUGUCCUUCCCUCAAAUGAAGUAG